GUGGUUGCACCUUCUAUAUAUAUGAAUAACACCACGUUUUUUACAUUCUUGAGGGAGUGUAGGAAAAGGGGGAAUUGAAGGAUCUGCUGCGCAAAGCCUGAACAGCUGGUUGGCCUUUGGCCAUGGCCGGAGGAGGAGCCAAAGCCGGUGGCGGUGAGGAGAUAACGCUCGAGCACACGCCCACAUGGAUCGUCGCGUCUGUCUGCUCCGUCAUCGUCCUCAUCUCCCUGCUCUUCGAGCGCUUGCUCCACCGCCUUGGCAAGAGGCUAUCGAAAGGCCGCAGGAAGCCGCUGUACGAGGCCCUCCUCAAGGUCAAAGAAGAAUUGAUGCUGCUGGGGUUCAUAUCCCUGCUGCUCAACGUGUUCCAGGGCGCCACGCAGAAGAUAUGCGUCCGGGAGAGCGCCAUGCAGCACCUGCUGCCCUGCCAGCCGUCGCACACCGGCGCCAAGACCGCGCACUACGGCGCCACCGUGUUCACCGGCGUGCUGGGCAGCACGAGGAGGCUCCUGGCAGGAGGAGGCGCUUCCAGUGACUACUGCCUGAAAAAGGGCAAAGUUCCAAUUCUUUCGGUUGACGCUAUUCAUCAGUUACACAUAUUUAUCUUCGCCUUAGCAGCCACACAUGUGGUUCUCAGUGCUAUUACAAUUAUUCUUGGAAUCACACAGACAAGAAACUGGAAACAAUGGGAGGAGAAGAUCCAACAAAACGAUCAUAGUGGUCCUCAAAUGAUCAAACAUGUGCAAGAAUUCAAAUUUAUCCAAAGUCACUUUAGAGGUCACGGAAAACGAUGGGAAAUAUUCGGCUGGCUGCGUUCUUUCUUCAAACAAUUCUACGGGUCAGUCAAUGAGGUGGACUACACAACCAUGAGACUUGGCUUCGUCAUGAAACACUGUAGGGGACAUCCAAAAUUCAAUUUUUACAAUUAUAUGAAUAGAGCACUAGAGGCUGAUUUCAAGAAAGUUGUUGGCAUAAGCUGGUACCUUUGGGUUUUGCUAAUGAUACUCUUGCUACUGAAUGUUCAUGGAUGGUAUGUCUACAUUUGGAUGUCAGUAGUCCCGUUCAUUUUGCUACUUGUGGUUGGAAGUAAGAUGGAGCAUAUUAUUACCGAGCUCGCUCUCGAGGUUGCCCAGAAGCAUACGGCAAUAGAAGGGGAUCUAGUUGUAACUCCUUCGGAUGAAUUCUUUUGGUUCCACCAGCCUAAAGUAGUCCUUCUCUUGAUCCAUAUCAUCCUGUUCCAAAAUGCAUUUGAGAUUGCAUUUUUCUUUUGGUUGUUGGUAAUAUAUGGAUUCAAAUCUUGCAUUAUGGGAAAACCAGCAUAUGUUAUUACUCGACUUGUGAUAAGUGUCAUCAGCCAACUCCUAUGUGGUUAUAGCACCCUACCUCUUUAUGCUAUUAUCUCUCAAAUGGGAGGUUCAUUCAAGAAAGCCAUGUUUGAUGAAAGUAUAUCCGAAGGCCUCACCAAUUGGGCUCAAAAUGCAAGGAGGCAUAAAAUAAUGCCGGCAACAAAUGUCGGUGACAAUUCACCUGCUGGUGAGGGAAAUGGUGGUGCAAUUCAAAUGACAAGUGCACAAAGAGACUCGACAAUGGAGCAAGGGACUGCUAGGCUGAUCUAAGUUAAUACAUGAAUGUACAUGUCAAUGUAAUGAUAUAUAGAUAUUUACAAACACACAUGUUUCAUGAUUUGUUGAUAUUUCUUUUGUUGCGGAUUAGUUGGAAAUUUUGAUUUUGUAGCAUCAAAAUAUCAUGAGUUCCAGAAUUAUCACUAAAAUGCAUCAGUCAUUUUAGUACCACCAA